AUGUGAGUAAGAGUUUAUAGUGCUCCGUGAACCCUGUAUAAUUAAAACCUUGUGACUCGUAUAGUGUUACACAAAAGCUCACAAAAAUGCCAAGGAUUAUUUACUAAAAGGAUACUAUUUACUCAUAACAGAUUAGUUGAUGACUUUCCACCAUGGUGAUAGUGACGCGGGGUGAUUACAUAUGGAUAGAACCAACAACUGGCUCGGAAUUCGACGUGGCAAUCGGGGCAUGCGUGGUAUCAGCUGAAGGUAGAAGAAUCGCCGUUAGAGAUGACGACGGUAACGAGCACUGGCUUUCCCCCGAGAGGCGCAUCAAAGCGAUGCACGCCACUUCCAUUCAUGGCGUGGAAGACAUGAUUAGUUUAGGGGAUCUCCACGAAGCCGGUAUUCUUAGGAAUCUUUUAAUUAGAUACAACGAAAAUCUCAUUUACACAUACACUGGAUCAAUUUUAGUUGCAGUCAAUCCAUAUCAAAUUCUUCCAAUAUACACUGCCGAUCAAAUCAAAUUAUACAAAGAACGAAAAAUAGGUGAAUUACCUCCACACAUAUUUGCCAUUGGUGAUAAUUCGUAUGGACAUAUGAGAAGGUAUGGACAAGAUCAAUGUAUAGUCAUCUCUGGUGAAUCCGGGGCAGGAAAGACGGAAAGUACAAAACUAAUACUCCAAUAUUUAGCAGCUAUCAGCGGUAAACAUUCUUGGAUAGAACAACAAAUUUUAGAAGCCAAUCCUAUUUUAGAAGCUUUUGGAAACGCAAAAACAGUGAGGAACGACAAUAGUUCUAGAUUUGGAAAAUACAUUGAUAUUCAUUUUAAUAAGGAUGGAGUUAUCGAAGGGGCGAAAAUUGAACAGUAUUUGUUAGAAAAAAGUAGGAUAGUUUCUCAAAAUCCAGAGGAAAGAAAUUAUCACGUUUUUUAUUGUUUGUUGGCCGGAUUAGGGAAAGAGGAUAAGAGGAAGUUAGAAUUAAGUGAUGCCAGCCAGUACCGGUAUCUUACAGGGGGAGGAUGCAUCAAGUGCGAAGGAAGGGAUGAUACCGCAGAGUUCGCAGACAUUCGAAGCGCCAUGAAAGUUCUUUUAUUCUCAGAUUCGGAAAUAUGGGAAGUAAUGAAACUCCUAGCAGCCAUUUUGCACAUCGGAAACAUCAAAUACAAAGCCACCGUUGUAGAUAACUUGGACGCGACUGAAAUUCCCGACCCAACAAAUGUCCACAGAGUUGCUAAUCUGCUAGGAGUUCCCGCUCAACUACUAAUUGAUGCACUUACUCGGAAAACCCUUUUCGCUCACGGUGAAACAGUAGUUUCGACCUUGUCCAGAGAACAAAGUGUUGAUGUAAGAGAUGCUUUUGUAAAAGGUAUCUACGGCAGAAUGUUCGUUCACAUAGUGAAAAAAAUUAAUAAAGCCAUUUAUAAACCUAAAGAGAGGCAAAGAAGUUCAAUUGGAGUUUUAGAUAUCUUUGGUUUUGAAAAUUUCGAUCACAAUAGUUUUGAACAGUUUUGCAUAAAUUUUGCAAACGAAAAUCUUCAACAAUUUUUUGUAAGGCAUAUAUUUAAACUUGAACAAGAGGAAUAUAAUCUGGAAGGUAUUAACUGGCAGCAUAUUGAAUUCGUUGAUAACCAAGAUGCGCUUGACUUGAUUGCAAUUAAGCAAUUGAAUAUUAUGGCACUCAUUGAUGAAGAAAGUAAAUUCCCAAAAGGAACUGAUCAAACCUUCCUGGCAAAACUACACAAGCAGCAUGGUCGACACAGAAAUUAUCUCAAGCCUAGAUCUGAUAUAAAUACUAGCUUUGGUUUAAACCAUUUCGCAGGAAUUGUGUUUUACGAUACACGUGGAUUUUUAGAGAAAAAUAGAGACACUUUCAGUCCAGAUUUACUACAACUUAUAACUAUAAGUGGCAACAAGUUUUUACAACAAAUCUUUGCCGAUGAUAUUGGAAUGGGAUCUGAAACUAGAAAGAGAACUCCAACAUUAUCUACUCAGUUUAAGAAAAGUUUAGAUUCGUUAAUGAGAACAUUGUCUAAUUGUCAACCGUUCUUUAUUCGGUGUAUAAAACCUAAUGAGUUCAAAAAACCAAUGAUGUUCGAUCGAACGUUAUGCUGUAGGCAGUUACGGUAUUCUGGUAUGAUGGAAACUAUUCGAAUCCGGAGGGCAGGUUAUCCUAUCAGACAUAGCUUUGCUGAAUUUGUGGAGAGAUACAGGUUUCUCAUUUCUGGGGUUCCCCCAGCUCAUAAGACUGAAUGCAGGAGUGCAACUGCAAGAAUCUGUUCCUUAGUUUUAGGAAGAUCUGACUAUCAACUCGGCCAUAAUAAAGUUUUUUUAAAAGAUGCUCAUGAUCUGUUUCUGGAACAAGAGAGAGAUAGGGUGCUCACCAAAAAAAUCCUUAUUUUACAAAGGUCAAUACGUGGGUGGGUAUACAGAAGACGCUUCCUUCGCCUAAAAGCUGCAACGAUAAUAAUCCAGAAGUACUGGAAGGGUUAUAUCCAAAGACAGAAAUACAAAAAGAUGCGCUUGGGCUACACUCGUCUUCAAGCGCUCAUUCGCGCCAGAGUACUUUCCCAUCGGUUUAGACACUUACGAGGACAUGUGGUAGGACUACAGGCACACGCCAGAGGAUACUUGGUAAGGAGAGAAUACGGAUACAAAAUGUGGGCCAUUAUUAAGAUACAGUCGCAUGUGAGAAGGAUGAUAGCUCAAAGGAAAUAUAAAAAGUUUAAGUUUGAACAAAAACGCCACGUGGAAGCUCUUCGGCUGAAGAAGAAAGAAGAGAGAGAGUUAAAAGACGCUGGUAACAAGAGAGCUAAAGAGAUAGCAGAACAGAAUUAUAGGGAGCGAAUAUAUCAACUAGAAAAGAAAGAAAUGGAACUCGAAAUGGAAGAAAGGAAACUCGUAGAAGAGAAGAAAAAUAAAAUCAAUGAAGCAGCUAGAAAAGCCGAUGAACCGGUGGACGAUUCGAAAUUAGUAGAAGCCAUGUUUGAUUUUCUACCUGAUAGUUCAAGUGAAGCACCGACACCAGGUAGAGAAACUUCAGUGUUUAACGACCUCCCAUCCAGGCCAGCAGAAAAUGAAAUAAUUAGUCCUCUUACAACAGCCUCAGACGACGAAGAAGAUCUUAGUGAAUUUAAAUUCCAAAAAUUCGCAGCUACAUAUUUUCAAGGCAAUGUUGGUCAUCAGUAUUCUAGAAAACCUCUAAAACAUCCGUUACUACCUUUGCACACCCAAGGGGAUCAACUGGCGGCUCAAGCAUUAUGGAUAACGAUUCUGCGUUUUACCGGCGAUCUUCCAGAACCACGUUACCACACUAUGGACAGAGAUAAUACAUCGGUCAUGUCGAAAGUAACAGCUACUCUCGGUCGAAACUUCAUUCGUAGUAAAGAGUUCCAAGAAGCUCAACUAAUGGGCUUGGAUCCAGAUUCUUACCUAAAACAAAAACCAAGAUCUAUUAGAAAUAAAUUGGUAUCAUUGACGUUAAAAAGAAAAAAUAAAUUAGGUGAAGACGUAAGGAAGAAGCUUCAAGAUGAGGAGUAUACUGCCGAUAGUUAUCAAUCGUGGUUAGAGACCAGGCCGACUAGUAAUUUGGAAAAAUUACAUUUUAUUAUUGGACACGGUAUACUCCGGGCAGAACUCAGAGAUGAAAUAUACUGUCAAAUUUGUAAACAACUAACUAAUAAUCCUUCUAAAUCGUCACAUGCGAGAGGAUGGAUUCUUCUUUCACUUUGUGUCGGAUGUUUCGCGCCGUCGGAAAAGUUUGUUAGUUAUUUAAGAGCUUUCAUCAGGGAAGGUCCGCCAGGUUAUGCUCCAUAUUGUGAAGACCGCCUUAAACGAACUUUCAACAACGGCACUAGAAACCAACCACCGAGUUGGCUAGAACUCCAAGCAACCAAGUCAAAAAAGCCUAUAAUGUUACCUAUCACGUUUAUGGAUGGAAAUACGAAAACUUUACUAGCGGAUUCAGCUACGACCGCUCGAGAACUCUGCAACCAGUUAUCAGAUAAAAUAGGAUUAAAGGACCAGUUUGGAUUUUCGUUAUACAUUGCCUUGUUCGAUAAAGUGUCUUCUCUAGGUAGCGGAGGAGAUCAUGUUAUGGAUGCCAUAUCACAGUGUGAACAAUAUGCGAAGGAACAAGGUGCUCAAGAACGCAAUGCCCCAUGGCGAUUAUUCUUCCGAAAGGAGAUUUUUGCUCCGUGGCAUGAACCUACCGAAGACCAAGUCGCAACUAACUUGAUAUACCAACAAGUUGUCCGUGGAGUCAAAUUUGGGGAGUACCGAUGUGAUAAAGAAGAAGAUCUAGCCAUGAUAGCAGCCCAGCAGUACUACAUAGAAUAUAUUAGUGACAUGAAUGUGGAGAGACUGUUGACGCUUUUGCCAAAUUAUAUUCCAGAUUACUGUUUGACUGGUGUAGAAAAAGCGGUGGAUAGAUGGGCAGCGCUUGUUGUUCAAGCUUAUAAGAAAAGUUACUACGUAAAAGAAAAGGUUCCAUCGUUACGAGUGAAAGAAGACGUGGUUAGCUACGCAAAAUUCAAGUGGCCCUUACUGUUUUCAAGAUUCUACGAAGCUUAUCGCAAUUCAGGCCCAAACCUUCCGAAGAACGACGUUAUUAUUGCGGUCAACUGGACUGGAGUUUAUGUUGUCGAUGACCAGGAACAAGUUUUACUGGAACUUUCUUUUCCCGAAAUCACGACAGUGUCAAGUCAAAAAACGAACAAAGUGUUUACUCAAACAUUUAGUCUGAACACUGUUAGGGGGGAGGAGUUUACUUUCCAAAGUCCGAACGCAGAGGAUAUAAGGGAUCUGGUUGUUUAUUUCUUGGAAGGAUUGAAAAAGCGAUCAAAAUUUGUAAUAGCUUUGCAAGAUUACAAGGCGCCAGGAGAAGGGUCGAGUUUCCUGACGUUUAUGAAAGGUGAUCUAAUAAUUUUGGAAGAAGAUAGUACGGGUGAGACUGUUUUAAAUUCCGGAUGGUGUGUAGGAAGGUGCGAGAGGACGCAGGAAAAGGGCGACUUUCCAGCAGAGACUGUUUAUGUGUUGCCGUGUAUGUCCAAACCCCCUGCCGAUAUUUUGCAGCUGUUUUCAGUUGAAGGAGCUGAGCACGGCCGAAGAUUAAGUCAACAAUACUCAGUAAACGGCACCGAAUCCAGAGAUCGACCUCACACUCUAGCCGAAUAUGCCAUCGACCAUUUCCGUCCCCCACUUAAACGAACAAUGUCGAAAGCACUUACCCUCACCGCCAACCGAAGAAGCAAUGACGAUCUUUGGAGACAUUCACGAGAUCCCAUCAAACAACCCCUUCUGAAGAAAUUGUUGAUGAAAGAAGAACUAGCUGAAGAAGCUUGUUUCGCGUUCAGUGCUAUAUUAAAAUAUAUGGGAGAUUUGCCAUCGAAGAGACCUAGAUUAGGAAAUGAGUACACGGAUCAUAUUUUUGAUGGACCGCUUAAGCAUGAGAUCCUCAGAGAUGAGAUAUAUUGCCAAAUUAUGAAACAAUUAACAGAUAAUAGAAAUAGAUUAUCAGAAGAAAGAGGCUGGGAAUUAAUGUGGCUGGCCACUGGACUUUUCAGUUGCUCCCAAAGCCUCUUAAAAGAACUAACUAUUUUCCUUAGAAGUAGAAGACAUCCAAUAUCUUUAGAUUCCCUCCAAAGGCUGCAAAAGACUUUAAGAAAUGGCCAGAGAAAGUAUCCACCCCAUCAAGUCGAAGUAGAAGCCAUUCAGCAUAUGACAACGCAAAUAUUUCAUAAAGUGUAUUUCCCAGAUGAUACCGAUGAAGCUUUUGAAGUUGAUUCCAGUACUAGAGCUAAAGAUUUUUGCCAGAAUAUUAGUCAAAGAUUAAAUCUUAGAUCUAGUGAAGGAUUUAGUCUCUUUGUUAAAAUUGCAGAUAAGGUAAUCUCAGUUCCGGAAGGAGACUUCUUCUUUGAUUUUGUGCGGCAUUUGACAGAUUGGAUCCGUAAGGCACGUCCAACGAGAGAUGGCAUCACACCGCAAUUUUCAUACCAAGUAUUUUUCAUGAAGAAGUUGUGGACAAACACUGUGCCGGGUAAGGAUCGAAAUGCGGAUUUAAUUUUCCAUUUCCAUCAAGAACUACCUAAAUUAAUCCGAGGCUAUCACAAGUGUAGUAAAGAGGAAGCUAUCAAACUGGCCGCUAUAGUAUAUAGAGUUCGUUUUGGAGAAAGUAAACAAGAACUGCAAGCCAUACCACAAAUGCUACGUGAGCUAAUUCCAGCGGAUCUGAUCAAACUACAAGGUAUCAACGACUGGAAGAGAUCGAUAGUAGCGGCUUACAAUCAAGACGCUGGAAUGAGUCCCGAAGACGCGAAAAUUACAUUUUUGAAAAUAGUCUACCGUUGGCCCACUUUUGGAUCCGCCUUCUUUGAAGUGAAGCAGACCACUGAUCCAAACUAUCCAGAAAUGCUCCUUAUAGCUAUUAAUAAACAUGGAGUUAGUCUUAUUCAUCCGCAGUCUAAAGAUAUUUUGGUAACGCAUCCCUUCACCAGGAUUUCCAAUUGGUCUUCCGGCAACACGUACUUCCAUAUGACCAUAGGAAACUUAGUUAGGGGAUCAAAAUUGUUGUGCGAAACCUCCUUAGGUUACAAAAUGGACGAUCUUUUAACUUCUUACAUUUCACUCAUGUUGACGAACAUGAAUAAGCAAAGGAGUAUAAGAAUAAAGUAGUUUCCAAAAAGGCAAUAUUAGGUUAUAGAAAAUAUAAAUAUUUUUGUAUACCUAUCUCAACAACAAAAAUGAAACGAUAUUAUGUUGUUAUGGUAGAUACUUUGAAUUUAGUACACUUUUAUUUAAAAUCCACUUUAAAAUUGGCUUUUCUAUAUUUCUCUUCUGUUGAGGAAGCUGUAAAGAUAACAGUUGUUAUAAAUAAGCUCUUAGGAAUAUGCAAUUUUUUUUAGGAUCAUUUAUUAAAAAAAAAAACGAUAUAUAAUUCUUAUAAUUUUAAAACAGUAUUUUUUUAACAUUCUCAUGUUCUUCUACUGUCUUAGCCAAGGUUAAUGACACAUUUACACGGUGUAUUUUUUAUCUAAUUUACCUCUUACAUAUAAAUGCAGAAAUAGGGUGAUUGUUACAUAAAGAAUUUUAUAGAAAGCGUCAAAUGUCCAAAAGUUUUAUUUAAAAAUCCUUUGUAAAUGGUGUAUAAUUAAAAAGGCCAUUUCGGGCUACAUCAGAGAACGUUUUUGGACUGAAAAUUCAUCAUCAGUGUAUUAUUACCAGGUAUACAAGGAUCAACUCACUAAAUAUCUAGGUAAACACUCUUAAACUCGUACAAACAAAAAAAUGUACCACAUAAUAAAUUUUAUAUCAUUUUAAGGUUUUUUAACCAGAUAUUUAGGCUUUAUGAUGGGCGUUUUAGUCCGAAAACGUUUUGUGAUGUAGCCUUUUUAAGGGUCUUAGGGUCUCUAGGCUCUAAGGGUCCCUUUUAAGGGGUGUAAAAGGGUCUGUAAUAAUUUACUUUUUAUAAAGGAUUUUUAAAUAAAACUUUUAUGAUUUAUGGUAUAUAACCAACUAGAGGAAUUUUAUUUUCCUUGUGGAAUAUAAAAUGUCCAUUAUCCCAAACUGGCCAUGAAAUCACAACUUUAUGUAAUAAUAACAUACCUGAGGUGCUACUUCUGGAAUUUUUUCAUAAGCCACCAGAAUAGCUUUUUGGACUGUCUUUUUUGGAAGUUUUUCCACAUCCAUCUUGGCUUCUGAGAAUCCUGUUAGUACUGUCCCAACCUUAACAGAAGCGGCAGCGGCCAUGACAAAACUACUGUUUUGUCAUGAGCUCUAAUGGUUUUGUCCUUGGAGCGGCCUUGGUAAAAUUGGCCUUGAUUACAGCCCUUUUGGCUUGUAUGUAAUCUUGACCUUGUUUCACCAGCUUACUGAUUUUAGCUUUAAUGCCAGAUAGAUCAACAUGUUUCAACGCAAAGCCUUGACAGACUUCUUUGAAACUUCUUGGCCUUUCGGCGUUCGGAUUUUCUUUUGAAGUUCCUUGUCCUUAGGCUUUAGGAACCGUGGUUUUGGCUUAAGAGUUUCGUGGCAUUUAGCCUUCAGGAAUCCUUUAGCCCUAAGUUUUUUCCUUUUUUUUUCUUCUUUACCAUAUUGGUUCCAUAAGUUGCUAGAGACAGACUUCCACCUCUCGUAGAGCCUCACUUUCGACGGUCAGACUAAAUACGAUGGAGAACUACCUGUUGUCCUAAAGGAACCGUCUGUGACACUGUCAUUCUGUCACCCUAGGGCCUUACAGCCUUCACCACGUUGUCUCACGACUUGGGGAGUGUUAUCGAUUAUCUCCAGUAUAGAUCCGCUGGGUUCGGUAUUAACAGGGCCACCUCGUGAAGUGCGGAAUCAAAGAUUACACACCUCUAAUCAUUGUUGGGAAUAGCCAGCGGUCUUGGGACGGUUUAAGGAGUGCAAAGUUCUAAGAAUCUCGAAAGAAAGUGCAAAACUCGUUACCUAGGAUUACCUCCUUUACCGCUUAGCUUUACGCUGAUUGACAAAGAAGCACAUCCCUUUACCCCCUCUCUGCUAUAAGUUGCUUUACUUUUUAUGAGAAUGUUAUAUAUUCUGUAUAUUCUGAUUGGAAGCCUUCGAGUUGUGGGCCUACAGAAAGAUAUUAAGAAUAAGUUGGGUAGAUGGAGUCACGAAUGUCGAGGUGUUGAGAAGAAUGGGUAAAGAUAAAGAGGUCUUAAAUACAGUUAAAGUCAGAAAAGUGCAAUAUCUGGGACAUGUUAUGAGGGGCGAGCGUUAUAACUUGUUGCAAUUAAUAAUGCAAGGAAGAAUACAGGGUAGAAGCAGUCGCGGAAGAAGACGCAUCUCCUGGUUGAAUAAUUUGAGAUCUUGGUUCAACUGCACUUCUGCUGACCUCUUUAGAGCAGCGGCUUAGAGGAGAUGGCACGUGAGGAAGAAGAAAUAUUCUGUGUUUAUUUUCUUUUGGUAAACUUCUAUCAUACAAUAUGCUAUUCAGCUGUGUUAUUACUCUUCUUCCGUCGUUGUUUUUGUGUUUAGUAGCUUCGUACGUUUCCUUGUUGCUCUCCACCUAUACACAUGUAUUCCGUUUUGUCGAUGUUUACCUCUAAGCUCCGUUUUUUAUAUUUUAUAUUCAUCGUCAUCAUAAUCCUGUGAAAGUACUAUCUGGUCAUCUGCAAAUCAUAAUUUGUACACCGUUGUAUUAUUGAAAGGUAUACCCAUAUUUUUACAUGAGUGUUGUUUUACUUAAAGUGUCAGUUUUCUUUACUGCAUUAUUUUUAUUUAUAGCUCCACUUUCAGUGAUUACAGAAAAAAAAAAUAUUUAUUAUUUUUAAUUAUUUAUAAUUAUUUAUUUUUUGUCUAGAGACGAAAAUAUUGUGCAUAGAUUUAAUAUGCUGAUGAAAUAGAUUAAUUUAAUACCAUGGUAUCGUCAACAGGUAUAUUUACAAUCAUAUCAUUAAUUAGUUCCAGGUAAUUAUUACUUAUAUUUUGCUACAAUCGCUUCAUUUUUAUGAACGUGUACUAUUUUCCAAGUUUACUUUUAUUGUAGAACUAAAAUUAUUAUAACAGAAAUUUAAACUUAUAGGUUGAUUUUAUUUUUCGUUCAAACGAGUUAUACUCAAAUUAUAUCCAUAAAAUAAAUGUAUAAUAAAUGCGAUAUUACUAGAGGUAUUGUCAUACUUAUAAUAUUUUAAGUAAUAGACACGGUCCUGUUUUAUAUCUGAAUUGUGGGUUCAUAAAAAUAAUUUCUUAACAAUAACAUGUUUACAAGUGGUUAUUUAUCUAAUUGGAUAUCUUACAAUAACUUGAUUAAAAGUGGUUAUUUAUCUAUAUUGGAGUUUACAAAAUUAGAUUAUUAUAUUUCCGAAAAAUUUUAAACCAAAAGACGAUAGCGAACUGUUUCAACAAUAAAGGUGCCUCUAAACGAGUAAUAUUGUCACCGCAAUAUGUGGCUGCAACACAAUAGCUGACAAUAUUGCCAACAAUAACGGCCAGACUACGCAAUAUAGGGGAAUGUUUUUAGUAUAUCUAUGUCUAGGUCAUAUAAUCUAUCGUAGCCACCAACACAUUUUUGGUAUCGCCACUAUUGUUUUACAAUAGUUACCUGACGAAAGCUUGGCGAUCGAAAAUACUUGCAAUAUUUACUUGGUUUUGGUGAUUAUUUGUUGUUUUGAUAAAUUUUGGAUCAAUAAAAUGACCAAUGAGAGGAUUCUUCUUCUUCUUCAAGUGCCCUGCCCGUUGCGAACGUUAGCUAUUAACAUGGCAACUCUGAUCUUGUUUGCGGCGCUUCUGAAUAGUUCGACCGAUGUGAGCUCGAACUACGUCCACAGAUUUUGGAGCCACGAGUGUCUUUUCCUGCCUGACCCUCGCUUACUGUCUUAUUUUCCCCUGGAGAAUCAAUUGCAGUAGACGGAGGAGAGAGAUUAUAGAUUUUAUUAACGAAAUACAUUUGCGGCCUGAGUUGUGGAAUGCGGAAAUCGGAAUAUAUAACGAUCGAACCGCCAAAAAGACGGAUGGAUGACACUGAAAAAUGUGAGAUUUUAAGUGAUGAAGCGUAUAAAAAAUCAAAAAAGCUACGUACCCAAAUUAUAAGGGAAAAAGAUUAAAAGUGCUAGUGGCAAAUUAGUGUUGUCUAAAGUCACGCCUUUUUAGGUCAAAUCCACAAUCAUUUAUUUUUUAUUUUCUUUUAACAUAAGUCGAUACGAUGAGUAUGAUUUCGUCCUCCAUUGUUACUCGCUUGUAUUGCCCAUUUACGAACAAAUUUACGGGCCAUACUGUUGCUGAGAUAUCUGCUGUAUUCAACAUUGUCUUAAAUGGCUGAGACAGUGUUGCCAGUAUCAGAGCCACAUAUUGCAGUAAAAAUAUUACUCAUUUAGAAGCACCUGAACUAAAAUACCUUACUAACACAAAAAUUAUAAAACAUUUCUAAUAAAAACAAUAUAAUCCAAAACUAUGACAAUAUGGCAUAAAGUAUGGUUAAAUUUAGAUACUUAUAGCAGAUUUAGAAUAUACGUGAUAAUUAUGACAAAUGUCAAAUUUAAGAUUCAUGCCCAAUUUCAGUACGAAAAAAGGUGUAGAAACACUUGUAAACGCUAACGUCUUAUAACAUUCCAUUUUAAUGAUUGUGAUUCUAUUCUACUUUGAGGACAUUUACUAUUGUAAAACUAUUAGUAAAAACGUUUAGUUGUAUUAGUAAUGUAAAAAAACUAGUUUUUUUUGUGUUAUUUCUAUAUUAUAAGGGCUGAUCCAAACAUAAAGGCGAAUACUUUUAUACCGAAUCUCUUCGAAAAGUCCAAUUUUAUUUUUGUAGGUACUUGUUAAUACGGACCAAUAUUGACUUAAGUGUUUUAUGUUUCUCGAAACUUUAUAUAUAUUUGUUGUCAACUAUUUAUGUAUGUGUAAUGUAAAUAUAUUUACAUCACUAUGUAAUAUUUAUAAGGUACAUGUUUUUAUAUUGUGAGAAUGUUUGUAAAUAGGUGAAUGACAAUAAAUUAUAUUUUUAUCUGGC